AAAGGCAAUAUGUUAUUCUAAGGGCAAUCGCGCCAUGAAGAAGCAUGGAAGCCGCAGCUAAUGAUGGCGCUUAUGUAUUGCGCGACUUGAUGCGCAAUGCCCCACUCUCGCCCGACGGAGAAGACGAACACAAUGUCUACAUAACCUGCGUGGAUGCCUGGGACGGCAAUCUGUAUAUCGGCACAUCCGCUGGAGAGAUACUGCAUUUCGUCUCGAUCCCAUCUCCCGACUCGGACCAACCGACCUACAUCCUCGCUUCCCGUCUGCAGCCCGAACACUCGAACAAACAUAAUGAUGCAUUACCCGUCGUUGAACAGAUAUUAUUAUUACCUUCUGUUGGAAAAGCAUGUGUCUUGUGCCAUGGUACUCUGACCUUCUACACACUCCCCGAGCUCAGUCCGGCUUUUGGAGGAAAGAUCAAGCAGAGCGAUUGUACAUGGGUUGGUGGCCUUGAUCGCGAUCUGGAUGGCCAAGAGCUGGACCCGUCCGAUGGCUGUAUCAUUGUCAUUUGCUUGAGGCAGAAGUUGCGUGUCAUUCGUAUCAUGGAGCAGGGCUCUCCUCGCAAGAUCAGGGACAUUGACCUGGGCAACUGUCUGGACAUACAACGGAGAGCCGAUCUAGCCUGCGUCGCUGAUGGCUCCUCUUAUGCUUUGCUUGAUAUUGUCAACCAGCGCAAGAUCGACCUCUUUCCCAUUUCUUCUUCACCCGACCUGCCAUCAGGUCGCUCAAGUCCAGAUGUUGCUCCUCCUCCGAUUCAACGGCCGGCAUCAAGGAGCGUUUCCGCUACUAGUCCAAUCCGUAGGCCUGAUCUGCGUAAUCAAGACAGGAUUGCCAGCGUGGGAGGUGCUCCACAAACUCCAGGCCGUCAGACUCCUGACCGUCUGCAUCCCAACGACACGCCUUCGCCGUGGCCUCAUCGUGCAGCUUCUCGUCAAGCUCUUUCUCCCAGUCCUACAAGACCUCUCGCGAGCCCGUCUCUGGACACCGAUGGCAAAGUACUACCUCCUACGCCUCAAUUCGAACAACCUCCGCCUCCUCCACCACGAGCCACCGCUUCAUUGAAGCCCCACAUCUCUACUCCCACACCGAACGAAUUCCUCCUCACUACCGGAACCUCCCCAGAUGAUCCUGCUGUAGGCAUGUUUGUCAACUUAGACGGUGAUGUCGUGAGAGGCACUAUUCGAUUCGAGAGCUAUCCCGAGUCAAUCGUAGUUGACGGUCAAGCGUCUGAUCCUUCGUUGCCAUCUAUGCCUGGAGACAUGUCUCAAGAGGGUUAUGUCUUGGCUGUUGUACGUCGUGAGAAGAACGGUAUCGUCGAAAAGCUUGUCGAGUACCAACGCUGGGACGUUGACCCGUCCGACAACCAAUACCACAAAGAUUAUGUCAAUCUUCCCGACCCCGAUACAUCGAAGACUCACAUGGCUUUGCGAGAGGCUACCACCGCCACAAAUCUGAGUUUACCCUCGGUAGGCAAAGCCCUUAGCUUGAGGCGCCUAUACCUCCACCAGCCCAGUACGGAAGAGACUGAAUCUGAUGUCAAGCGCAACAACGACGAAGAUAAACUAAUUGACCGCUUCUCAAAUGUACAAAGCAAGGUCUUGCUUUUCUCAAGUGAUGCUAUCUGGUGGAUGGUCAGAAAUCCACUGGUCGUCCAGCUUGAAGCUCGAUUGAGUGCUGCUGUCAAUACCUCGGCCAACUCUUUCACUGUCCAGCGAACUCAAGUACAAGCUGUCAUCAAUUCAAUACGCGGCAGAGAAGCCACGAAUGAGUUUGAAUUUCUUGGCUUCAAUUACAUCCGUCAACAAGCCUCUUUGCUGCUGUUGAUUGACCUCAUUCUCAAGACGAAUGAAGGGGUCAUUGCUUUCGAGCAUGACAAACGAUCAACUCAUGACGCUCUUGUCGAGGGUGAGAUUGAUCCUAGAAUUAUCUUGUCCAUCAUCCCUGUCUUGUCGAAUGAGGUGAUUGAAGGCACACAAGGUCUCUGGAUCCCAGGAGGUCUAAAAGAUGCUGUUGUUAAAUUCAAAGCACAAUAUCAUGCGGAUUCCAUCAACCAAGACCCUCAAGGACCUUAUGGAGAUAACUUACUCCAGGUCAUCAAGCACUACCUGUUCUCGUGGCGGAGGAAAAAGGGCUUUGGCAGUAUCGCAGAUGAGAAACAGGUUUUCCAUACAGUGGAUGCUGCAUUACUAUCUCUACUCUUGAUGCUUGAUAGCAACACUUUCCCUGGUCCAGCAGCUGCAGGAUCCCUUCGCGCUGAACUUAACGAUGUCGUUGACCAGGGCGUCGAAUGCUUUGAUCGUGCAGUCGAAUUGCUUGAACAACACAAACGUCUCUACGUGCUCAGCAGACUCUACCAAAGCCGCAGAAUGGUCGGUCAAGUCCUGUCAACCUGGCGACGUAUCCUCGAAUCCUCCGAAGAUGUUGGAGGCGAGCUGAUUGACGGCGAACUUGACGUACGCAGAUAUGUUACAAGGAUUAAAGAUGUCGAGCUUGUCAAGGAUUACGGUACCUGGCUCGCCAACCGCAAUCCUUCUCUCGGAGUCCAGAUCUUCGCAGACGAGAAUGCCAGAGUCAAAUUCACGCCUACCGAAGCUGUUGAACUGCUCAAAGAGCGUGCACCUGCUGCUGUCAAAGAUUACCUCGAGCACCUCGUCUUUGGUAAAAACCAAAACCAAUACGCCAAUGACCUCAUCUACUUCUACCUCGAUACAGUCACCGAAGCAAUCGAUACGGAGUCCACCUCGGCAAAGGAUAUCCUCCUCACAUCCUACCACACAUAUCGUGCUCUCCUCCCGCCGAAACCUACAUACAGUCAAUUCAUCCUCGACAACAGCCUCCCAGACACAUGGUGGCAGAAUCGUCUGCGACUGCUCCAACUCAUCGGCGGUUCUUCAGUAUACGAUGUAGAAGCUCUAAGCAACAGACUAGACCUCUACUCCUCGGUCCUCGUCCCCGAAAUGAUUGUCCUCGCCGCUCGCAGAGAUGAACAUCAAAAAGCACUCAAGUUGCUCGUACACGGCUUAGCGGACUUCGACACCGCUGUCCGUUAUUGCCUUCUCGGCGGCAGCAGCAUCUUCCACCCAGCCUCUGCUUCUUCCGCCCCUAUCGCGACACCAUCGAAAGAAGAGCAGGAAGUGUUGUUCUCGCAUCUGCUUCACUGCUAUCUCAAUCUAGAUGAUAAGGAGCAGCGAUUAGAACGUGUAGCAGAGCUACUUGAACGCUUCGGAAGUUGGUUCGAUGUCGCUGAAGUCUUGCCUCUGUUAUCUCAAUCAUGGCCACUUGACCACUUCGGCGCAUUCAUCGCGAGCGCGAUGGGCAGACUGGUCUCGGAAAGAAACGAGACUGUCAUUGUCAGAGCAUUGGCUGGAUCGCAGAAUUUGAGAUAUGCUGUUGACGUGGUGGAGAAGAUAGAGAAGGAAGGAGCAACAUGGGAAAGUGUCAAAAAAGACAGCGGCGUUGCGUAGAUGCAAUUGAUCAAAUCGUAAAGAUUCCAACAUGCCCCAAUCUUGCAAAGAAAUGCCCCCGAAUGAACCUUAGCAUCAACUCCGACAUCGUGACGUCUAAUGUAAUGAUUGUGCAUGUCUUCUUUCAAAGAGCGGCUAAACUUAAAUCGU